AUGAUUUAUCUCAUUUCUUUUUCAAUCUUAUUCGUAAAUGUUGUGAAUAGUUUAUUAUGUAAAACAGCAUCACCAGCAAAUUGCAUUUAUAAUUCAACAUGUGUAUAUGAAACAAAAGAAUGUCAUAAAAAUUCUUUAUCAAAUAUUCGUGGUGGAGUUUAUUGUUCAACAUUAAUAAAAAUAGUUAAUGAUGAGAUUUAUAUUGGAAAUAUGGAUUGUAUGUAUGAUCAAGAAAUUAAUAAAAGAUGUAAAAAUCAAACACAUUGUUUAACGAAAUCUACAAGAAAAAAUGAUUCUUAUUUACAUUGUUGUUGUGAUCAACAAUUUUGUAAUCUCAAUUUUACUAUAACAAAUAGUUCACAAUCUGAAUCACCGACAAAUAUAAUCAUAGAUGGAAAAUGUGAAAAAUUGUUAUGUAAAUGGGAAUAUGUGAUAUUAUUAUGUUCAAUUAUUGGAUUUAUUAUAAUAAUUCUAAUAAUUCUUUGUUUUAUUUAUCGAAAAACAUUAAAACGUGGAUGGAAAAAAAUUCGGGGAUUUUUUCCAAAAUCGAAAUUACCAGAAAAACCAUUCCCUGACCCUGACUCUGUAACAACACCAUUAAUUGAGCAAGAUAUAUCUUCAAAAGAUUUACAAAUUGGAAAUAUAAUAAAACGUGGAAGAUUUUCUUUAAUUCAUAAAGGUUUUUAUAAAAAUGAUGAAGUUGCCAUUAAAAUGUUAACUGAUUCAAAUGGAACUUAUGAAGCGAAUAAAUUAUUUUUAAAUGAAAAAAGUAUUUAUUUAUCACCAUCCAUUCAACAUUCGAAUAUUCUCAAAUAUUAUGGAAGUUUAACAGAUGGAAAUAAAUAUUAUUUAAUAACAGAAUUUAGUUUUAAUGGUUCAUUACGUGAUGUUCUUCAUUUACGUUUGUUAAACGAUGAAAAAGAAUUAAUAUUAAUAUGUCAACAAAUUUCAUCAGGUGUUGAAUAUCUUCAUCAAGAUUUUCGAUAUCGAAAUAAUGAUCCAUAUACUUGUCGACCACCAAUUGCACAUAGAGAUUUAAAAACUGACAAUAUUCUUUAUAUAAAUAAUGAAAAAUUAGUUAUUUGUGAUUUUGCAAUGUCAAUUAAACUUGAUCAAACUCAAAAUUUUCCAAAUGAACAACAACAAAUUGGAACUCCUCGAUAUAUGUCACCAGAAAUCUUAGCAGGAACAAUUGGUUCAGAUCCAACUGCUUUACUUCAAUGUGAUGUUUAUGCUCUUGGAAUUAUUUUAUGGGAAAUUUUAUCGAGAUAUCCAACUGAAGAAAUAAAACACCGAUUAGAUUCGAAUGAAAUGUAUGAAAUGCCGUUUGAUAAUCAAUUACGUGAACGUCAUUUGAGUUGUAGUCCAUCAAUAAAUGAUAUGUUACAAAUUAUAAAUUUACCAAGUCCAUUAAAUCGUCCAUUAAUACGUUCAUCUUGGAAAGAGAGUAAAAAUAAAAAUAUUAAUACAAUAUCAGAAACAAUGGGACAAUGUUGGGAUCAAAUUCCAGAAGGACGUAUUAGGGCUGCGCUAGUUGCAUUAAGAAUGCAAAAACUAUCACAAUCACAAUUACAAUUACAAUAA